AUGGCCAAUUCAAUCAAAGUUGCAGUUGUUCAAAGUGAACCUGACUGGUACAAUCUUCAAGGGUCGGUUAAAAAGGCCAUCAAGCUUAUCAUUGAAGCUGCUGAAGGUGGUGCUGAGCUUAUAGCAUUCCCUGAGGUUUUCAUUCCUGGCUAUCCACUUUUCUUAUGGAACAACGCUGCUAAUGUGGAUAGAAAUUCUGACUAUAUUAGAAACUCCUUAUCAUAUGACUCACCCGAGUUUCAAUCCAUCAUUGACACCAUCAAAGAAUAUCCAAUCAACGUUGUUCUUGGUUUGUCUGAAAGAUAUAAAAACUCUGUUUAUAUUGCCCAAUGUAUCAUUGAUAAAACUGGUGAAAUUGUUCUCAAAAGAAGAAAGUUGAAGCCAACCCACGUUGAACGUGUUAUGUAUGGCGAUGGUCGACCAAGUGAUACUAAAAAUGUUGAAAAUUUGACCUUCAAUGAAGCAGGAGUUAGAGCAGUAGGUGGAUUGAAUUGUUGGGAACAUUUCCAACCUCUUCUCACCUUCAAUUCUGCCUGCCAACACGAAGAAAUACACGUUGGAUCUUGGCCUGUUUUAAGUGAUAGUGGUCCAUACUAUUCUCAACAAGCAGCAGGUAGUUUAGUCUCUGCUUCCGCCUAUGCUCUUCAAACCCAAUCUUACUACCUUUUCGCUUGUGCAAUUGCUACCGAUAAAAUUUUGGAUAAGAUCGGUGGUAAUAUGCCAGAAUUUUUCUCGAAUGCUCCUGGUUGUAGUUGUAUCUUCGCUCCUGAUGGGGGUAAGAUUACUAAGGAUACCGCUCCAGAUUUUGAUGGUGUGAUUUUCCACGAUCUUGAUAUGGAUUACAUUGCUAACAACAAACAUUUGGUGGAUGUUGUCGGUCACUAUUCCAGACCAGAUAUUAUUUCACUUAACGUCCAUGAUUCCAAUCAGGAAUUAUACCAUAAUGAAUUACAGUGA